AUGGCUUCGCAAUACCGCAAUUCAUACUACGCACCAGCCAGCCAUGAGCAGCCGCGACGUCAACAACGCACGCGCUCCAGCGACGGAACUGUCAGCACAACAGUGAGCUCAUCAUCUGGUCGGGAGUCUGCAGCAACCCACAUGACGGACGUGCCCUCGUACUCGAAAAAGAUUGUGGUGGUCGGCGAUGGCGGCUGCGGCAAGACCUGUUUGCUCAUCAGCUACAGCCAAGGCUAUUUCCCAGAGAAAUAUGUCCCGACUGUCUUUGAAAACUACAUUACUUACCCCACGCAUGGUCCUACCGGAAAGACAGUCGAGUUGGCAUUGUGGGAUACUGCUGGCCAAGAGGAAUACGACCGUCUGCGCCCUCUGUCUUAUCCCGAGACUGAUUUGAUCUUUGUUUGUUUCGCCAUUGACUGUCCCAACUCACUGGACAAUGUUUUGGACAAGUGGUACCCUGAAGUCCUUCACUUCUGCCCUUACACGCCACUCAUCCUCGUUGGCCUCAAGUCAGAUCUGCGUUACAAAAAGACCUGCAUCGACAUGCUCAAGACGCAGGGCCUGACGCCAGUCACCACCGAACAGGGACUCGCAGUGUCCGAGAAGAUGGGCGCUCAGUACAUGGAGUGCAGCAGCAAGGAGAUGCUUGGCGUCGACGAGAUCUUUGAACGCGCCAUUCUCACAGUUGUUGCCAAUGACAGGAGGAACCAAGACGCCAUGCCCACCAGUUCUCGCACCGACAAGGCCCUGCCAAUUCCGGGGAUGAAGCCUCCGAAGAAGAAGAAGAGACGAUGCCAGCUCCUCUAA